CAUUUUGGUCACACGGUUUUCACCCUCUGCAACUAUCCCUCUCUUCUAACAAAUGGAAUAUUAAGAUUGGAACAACUGGAAGACACUUCCAUAGAAGAUUUUUCCGCUGAGGAACGCCGAGAGCACUUGGUCUUUGAAAAGCUCUUGGAUUCCUAUCCAGGGCUCUUAGAA